AGACUUACUAUGUAUCUCUCCACAGCUAUUGCAAGUGCCAGCAUGGCACCUUAUGCUCUCUGGCAGUUCAGGGAGGUGAUCAAGUGUGUGAUUCCUGACAGUUCUCCCAUCCUGGACUUCAGUGAUUAUGGAUGUAACUGUGGGGUUGGCGGUACUGGAAAAUGUGUGGACCAGCUGGACACGUGUUGCUGGGAUCAUGAUAGAUGCUAUCAUCAAGCAAAGGCUGAUCUCUGCAGGUUUCUGGUAGACAACCCCUACAUUGAACUUUAUUCCUACUCUUGCUCUGGGAAUGAGGUCUCUUGCAGCAACAAGAAUAAUCCCUGUGAGGCUGCCAUCUGUAACUGUGAUCGUGAAGCAGCCAUCUGCUUUUCCAAGGCCCCUUAUAACCCUCAGUAUAAGAAUCUGGACAAGGAUCUCUACUGCUGA